AUGGCUUUCUCCCCUGGCACAUGGCCGGCGAUCACUAGUACAAUCUUGCUGGCAUGGGCGGCGGCGGUGAGCGGCCGUGGCGUCGACGUGGGCGACAUGCUGAUGAUGGACAGGUUCCUCCGGUGGCAGGCCACGCACAACCGGUCGUACCCGAGCGUGGGGGAGAAGCUGCGACGCUUCCACGUAUACCGCGACAACGUGGAGUACAUCGACGCCACCAACCGCCGCGGCAACCUCACCUACCAGCUCAGCGAGAACCAGUUCGCCGACCUCACCCGGGAGGAGUUCCUCGCCAAGUUCACAUCUUACGACGGUGACGAUCGCACCAAGGAUGAUAAUGCAGUCAUCACAACGGCCCAGGGCGCCAACGCCAACAUGUGGUCGUCUGGCGGUGUCGAUGUCUCCUUGGAUCCGGCCAGCGUGGACUGGAGGGCCAAAGGAGCCGUGGUGCCGCCCAAGGCGCAAACCUCAUCGUGUUGUAAGUAAACAUCAUCCAUUUUCAACCUGAUCAAGUGUUGACGUAUAAUGUCCUGCCUAGUCUCUUCCAUCAGAUUGGUCUUUUGGUUGCAUUGGCUAGAGCAUGCAUUUCUACAUGGUAUCGGAGCCAA